AUGAGUAGGGGGCGGGAUAUCCUGAGACAACAAGUUUGGCUGUAUGAAGGGCCUACCGGCAGUGCGCCUGAGCUAGAACGCCGAGAGAACAAGCACCGCAGGGGCCACGAGAGGAAAAGAAAAGCUGCUGAAAGAAUAACCCCCAGAAAGGGGGUGGAGAGAAGGCGGCCCCAGCGCCCCGGCCCCCGGCAGGUCGGCGGCCAAUCCGCUGGGGGAAGGGGUGGAGAGUCGGAGGCUCUGGCAGAGAGAGGCCGAGGGGGGUGGGGA